AUGUUAAUUGCUAAUCUAUGGAUACAAGCUGGCUUGGUCAAUGGCUCAUUAGGACAAAUCAAAUCCAUUUAUGAUACAAAUUCUAAACCUCCUGACUUGCCAAAGUACGUCGUUGUUGAGUUCGAACAUUAUACUGGACCUCAUUGGGACAGUACAAAUCCUAAAUUUGUACCUAUACCUCCUAUUACUCAAGGUAGCCGCACUCAACUCCCCCUUGCAAUGGCUUGGGCUAUUGCUAUUCACAAAUCCCAAGGUCUCACUUUGGACAAAGCAACAGUAGAUAUUGGAAAGAUUGAAAAACAAGGGCUCACCUUCACUGCAAUCUCACAAGUGAAAUCACUUCAAGAUCUAAGAAUAGACCCGCCUUUCACUUUUGAAAGGUACUCAAAAUUACAAAGCAAUGCUUAUACAACUAUCAGGAAGAAAGAAGAAAAUAGAUUGGUGGCUCUCUCCAAUCAUAUUUCUGCAUCGCCUCCCAAUAAUCCACUCUAA